AUGCUCCCCGAACCAACCCUCACCUUCACCCUGCCGAGCAUUCACGACAGCACCACCCUCGAUUGCCGCAUCUACCAUCCGCACUCCCUCGCUCCCGCCUCCUCUCGAGCUCCGCCAUGGCUCCGGCACGCCGCCAUCGUCGCCCAUCCCUACGCGCCCCUUGGCGGCUGCUUCGAUGAUCCCGUGGUCGACACCAUCGCCGGCACUCUCUUGCGGGCCGGCUUCCUCGUGGCCACGUUCAACUUCAGAGGCGCAGGAAACUCCGCCGGGCAUACAUCAUGGACAUCCAAGGCCGAGAGGGCGGACUACAUGUCCCUCGUCGGCUUUGUCUCCUACUACGUGCACUAUCUCAACCCCUUCCGACGACUAGGCCCCCAUCCUAAAUCCCCCGGUCCUGCCGACACCGGCCUCCCUUCUGCUCCUACUUCUGCGCCGGAGGUGCCACUACGACAGCCCACCCUGCUGCUGGCUGGCUACUCAUACGGCGCCAUGAUCACCUCCCAGAUCCCGCCUCUCGACACGAUCCUCGACCCUUUCGCCACACCGGUGGCUGGCUCCGCCGAGGCAGAUAUCCGACUGCGCGCGCAACACCUGGCAGAGCAGCAGAACGUCAUCUUGGGCAGCGCGAGGGCCGCACUGGCCGAGCGGCACGGCGGCGUUUCCCCGCGCAAGUCGCUGGGUCUCCGCAUAGGAGGGGACGAGGACAGGCGGCGCAGUCACGACUCCCAUCGUAGCUUCUCGCUUGACGCCGAGGACAAGCUGAGGAAGGGCGUAGCAGACUUGCUGGCAAAGACAAAAAGCCACAAGAAGGCGACGGGACACCAUUCAGGUACAUCUGCGCCUGAUGUCACAUCCGAUCCGGGGGCAGCGCAGCAGCAACAGGCUCUAGACAGAUUGGGAGACAUGAUCCAUCCGCGGGUGGCCUAUCUUCUUGUUUCGCCGCCGGUGGGCUGGGCUACGAAUUUAAUGACUCUGAAAAUCCCACAUCCGUUCGGCAAGAAAUCAUGGAGAUCCUCGUCGAAAGUUUCGGCUUCGAGUAAUGCUGACAAGAACAACAGUGCCCAUGAGCACCAGCUAGGAGAGCAGAAGUUGGUCGAGAACCCGUGCCUGACUGUAUACGGGGACUCAGACACGUUUGUGGCCGUCAAGAAGUUCCGCGAGUGGACGGCACGGCUCCAGGCCGUGCCAGGAUCGCGCUUCCGGGCCCAUGAGGUCUCCACGGCUGGCCAUUUCUACGUUGAGGAGGGCGUCAUGCAACGACUACGGGAUGCCGCGCGGGCCUUUGCAGAGAGCUUGCUCACGGAAGAGCCCGGUUGA